UUUUCAUCUCUCAAUUUUUUUUUUCUUAAACAUGCCCGUCGCAUCCACUGAUUUUAACAAAAACGAGCACUUUGCUAGUUUCGCUACCACAUCUCGUUUGGUUGCUUGUUUGACAAGUGAAUCUUUGGUUCCCGUCUAUUUUGUGCCCUCUAAAGAAGAAGGCUUAGUUGGUCUCUGCUUAUUGUUACGUCCUACCAUCCAAGAGGACACAAUUCCUAGCCAAGUACGUUUGGAAGAUGUCUUGGCUGUUGUUCCUCUUCGCGGUUUGCCUAUCAUCAACCCUGAAGUUUGUGCUAAAUGGAAUGGUAUCGUAUGUCCUCGUAUUGACUUGGUCGAUAAUCUCGAUAUGAAACCCCAUAUCUAUGCUGUCAACACGCAAUACUCAGGUGAAAACAAUGUCAAGCAAGUCCUCAAGACUGUGCUUUCAGAUGCUACACAAUUUAGUUUGGUCGAUGGCUAUGACGCAGUCAGUUUAUGGGGUCGCUUUGCAACCGAUUUAAAUGUGAAUGCUAAAUUACGCGAGCAAAUCGGACAAGAACUUGGAUCUUCCAUUCUUUUUCAAAAAUACACUUAUGACCAUCCCAAAAAUUUGCCCAAUUUGAGUUCUUCUACUAUCGCUUGGGAGCAGUCUGUUGUUGAAGGCCAUGCUACACACCCUAUGCAUAAAGCUCGUAAGAGUUUCCCUCCUAUGAAGACACUUUCUCCUGGAUCCUAUGAUCUCGAUCAUCCCAAGGUCCGCCUUGUAGGUGUCCCCAGAGCCAAUGCUGUUCUUCGUGGUGACUACGAAAGCUUGUCUGAUAAGCUCGUCAAUGCUCUUUUUGAAGCUGGUUGCGGUGAAAACAACGUAAAGGCCGAGCGCAGUAAAUACGAUCCUGAUUAUGUCUAUAUCGCCAUCCACGAACUCCAAUUGCCCAAUAUUGAACAAAAAUUCAGCGAUGCUUUGAUUUUCCCUGAAGGUUACAGUAUCACUGUCGAGGCUUUGGCUUCAUUGCGCUCCGUUGCUCGUCCUGAUAUUUUGCCUGGUCUUAGUGUCAAGCUCUGUCUGGGUGUCAAGAUUUCUUCUGCUUUGCGUACCGUGACACCUUUCACUACCUAUUUUGGUCCUGGUUUCUCCAAGAUUGUGCCCAAAUUGACGUAUGAUGCUUCUGUCCUUGCUAUUGAACGUGAAUUGGGUACUAUUACUUACCGUCAUGAAGAUACAGAUGUUGCCAAGCACUGCAGUAGUGUGAUUCGUGAAGCCUUUGAGUAUGAUCCUGAGUACAGAGAUGAUUUGUUUAUUCCUUGUGGUGUCUUGGUUGAAAAGAUCCAAAGACCCGACACAGAUGAAACACUUGUCACUCACGUUUGGGGACUUGACACUGAAGAAAAGCGUGUUGCAUUCUUGACUAGAUAUGUCAGCUUUGCUUUAAAAGCUUUCUUGCCUCCUUGUCUUGAAAACGGUGUUGCCUUUGAAGCUCACGGUCAAAACACAUUGGCCCGCUUUGAUCGUAAGACAGGUUUAUUGAAGGGCUUUGUUAUUCGUGAUUUUGGUGGUGUCAAGGUUCAUAAUGAGACCCUCAAGAAGUCAGCUGGUGUUGAACUCGAUAUCUUGCCUGAUAGUUGUGUUGAAGCACAAACAUUGGAUGAAGUCUCCAAGUUGUUGUAUCAUACAUUAUUCCACUGUCAGUUCCAACGUUUGAUUCGUGUCUUGGGUUUGCAUUACAAUGGUGUUGGUUGGGAAAUUGUUCGUCAACAUAUGGCUGACAUGAUUCCUAAGGAUCAUGUCAUGUGGGCUAUGUUUAUGGAACCUGCCAAGGUGCCUGGUAAAUGUUUAGUUCGUAUGAAAAUUGAUGAACUUUACCGUGAUUACAUCUAUCGUCCUGUGCCUAACAUGAUUCAAUUUAAACCUCAACAAGUUCCUCAAGCUUAAUAUCUUUUUUUUUUUUCUUUUGUAUAAUUAUGUAAAUUUCUAAUUGUUACCCUCCUUCUCCUCCUCAUAAAACAAUAUGCAU